AUGCUGGUGGCGGCCAUGCUGCACUACACCAGCAAUUAUGCUGGUGGCGGCCAUGCUGCACUACACAACCAGAGUUAUACUAGUGGACGGCCAUGCUGCACUACACCAGCAGGUUAUGCUGGUGGCGGCCAUGCUGCACUACACCAGCCUAAUUAUGCUGGUGGCGACCAUGCGCACUACACCAGCAGACUUAUCCUCCUGCAGGUGCUGCUGCUGCUGCUGCUGCUGGCGGCCUUGACAACGGCAGUGCCACAAGACCACCUGGAGACGCCUGACUACCCAGAGGGCUACUAUGCUUUUGAGGAGGCACCUGCUAAAAUACCCCCCAAGGUCCGAAAACCGCCCUAUAUCCAGUCUAAGGUUCCCUGUCCAGGUACCCUGGAGACCAAGGAACAAAUGUCACAGUCUCUCGACAACCUUUGUGGUGACCUCAACGACGGACUCCUGCCCCUGAACCCCAUGGGUCAGUCCAUACUGGGUCACUCUUACCCCUUCGAGCUGAUCAAAAAUAAGACCCUCGACUUCUUCAGCAAGACACUACCCAUCCUGAAGGAAGACAAAACGCUGCCCAAGGUGGCCAAACUAAGGAGCAGGAACGUACCCCUCAGGGAUCAGUUUCGUGUUAUCCGUCGUCCCAUUCGAUCGGUGGACGGGGAGGCUGUCUCGUCUAAAGGUGCGGCUGUGAGUACGGAGAUAACGCAGAAGGUAGAAGAGAUCCUGAAGGAGGAUAAGCUGGACGUACACUCCCUGUUUGAGAGUGUGUCGGAGGGUAAGAUGAAGAGCCGGUCACUGGGUGAAGGAGAGGAGAUCCUUCAGGGACGGAGCGCUAGGGCCUUCUGUGAUGACAACUGGGGACUGUUCUGCAUGCUGUACAAUGCCAUGGCGGGCAAAAGUAGUAGUUCCGUGGCCCAGGACCGCAACGCUGACGACUUCGAGGGAUCCAUCAACAGCCUCUCAGGAGGAAUGCAGCCGCUCACGCCUUGCCCCUCCGCCGUGGAAUACAUCACGCCCGUCUUCGCCAGGAACUACCAGGGAGUGUGGCGCUAUGUCGUACAGAUACCUUAUGAAGGCUAUUUUACUCAGACCGUCGAAGUUACCCAGUGUCUGUCGAACAAGUGUCACUACUUGUCAGGUUCGUGUCUAGCGUCUCCGCGGUGGGUGUCGUUACUGGUAGCUGAGGUCUACUACCCUGAUGCUCUCUUCCCAGCCUCACCCACACGACCAGACUUCAGCCGUGCCGCGGUAACUUCAGACAACCCUCCUGGUACACGCUACCAGAACUUACAGCAACGCCAGGGUAGCAGCAGCGGCCCCAGGAGAGAGAACGUCCCAGCACCUCACUAUUGCGACGGUCAGGACGAGAUUGGCUGCUUCCAGGUCCGUCUCUACUACGACUGGUUCCUCAUCCCUGGCUCCUGCAAGUGCUGGAAACAAGACUAUUUCGCUCAGUUCGCCUACAGGAAAUGAAAUAUGAACAAGGAUCUGACUAGACAUUUUUCAUACAAAAUAUAAUAUUUAUCAAGUGCUGGACAAGCAUAUGAUAUAACCAUUGUUAAGUGUUGGACGUUGAAUACAUGACACAACCUUUGUUAAGUUGGACGUUGAAUACAUUACAUAACCAUUGUUAAGUAAUGGACAUUGAAUACAUGACACAAUCUUUGUUAAGCGCUGGACGCUGAAUAUAUGACACAGCCUUUGAUAAGUGCUGGACGUUGAAUAUAUGACAAUCAUUGUUAAGUGCUAGACGUUGAAUACAUGACAAAGCCUUUGUUAAGUGUUGGAUGCUGAAUACAUGACACAACCAUUGUCAAGGAUUGGACAAACACCUAAUACAAUUAUUGUUAAGUACAUGACACUAGACACUUAAUACAACCAUUAACAGGUGUUGGACACACUAUAUAUACCUAUUGUCAAGGGUUAAACGUAUACCAACAAAAACAAGUUCUGGACACACGGAAAAAUGAUACAUAAACUACCAGGUCGUAGAAACACAACACACAAGAAGAAGCGAUUGUUUAGCCCACCACUUCCUUUGCAUAAGACAGACAUUGCAGAAUCUUCAGAAAGCCGACGGUUGCAGAUGCUGCUAAUUUCUGUGCUAAGAGAAAAGAUGUGUCAGCAUUACAUUUCUGUUAUCAUUAAACCAACACCUCUCCUGCUAUAGUAAAUUAUGUUGCAAAAUAUCUGUGUUAAUAAAUCACCGAUACAUGGGAGGAAUCAAACUGAAGCCAGCAGUGGACCCUUUUCUCUGUGCUCAGUGAAAAGCUGCCAACGUUCGUCCUUCCACAACCUGAAGCUGGUCCUGGCACACAAUGACGCAGUACAUUAAUCAGGAAAUAGGUGGGGCUUGAACCCAUGGCAAGUGAGUCCUAACACUGACAGGCCACGGUUCCGAGGUUUGUUUGCAGUUACGUUAUUACGAUUUCGUGAGUCACAUAGUAAUACAUCCUUUGACCAUCAAAAUUUAGUCAUUAGCCCCUAUACACUCCAGGCUCAAGGAUGUAGACUUGUGUUGGUGUCUGAGGUUUCCUGGGUAUAUCAACGUCCAGGGUAAUUAGGAGGCACAUAUGGAAGCAAAGGCUAGUGAAUCAAGUGUUCUCUACAGUAGGUUUUUGCCUCAUAUUGACUUUCCGGGCUGAGCGCAAGGUUAUAUAAUGGGGAAUUGGUAGUCCUUGUGGGCCCUGCAGAUGAGCAGCACCCGUAUAUGUUUCAGCUUGACAGUGUCUCGUUCUCCUCUUUCCCACAAGAACCAACAUUAUAUGAUCCUCCGCAGGUUGAGGACAGGGUACACACACCUCCCUCGUGUGCUUGAGGGCACUUUUGCUCAUCACUCUGAACAUUUUAAUAAUCUUUCUUAGGUUCUGUUCUCACUGGU